AUGAACGCUUUCCGCUGCUUGCGACCUGUCGCCCGGGUUCCUUUCCAAGCUUCGACGCUGCCUCGCAUCGCCCGCUGCUACAGCUCCAAGACCUACGAAUACAUCCAAACUUCCACCCCCAAGCCUGGCGUUGGCCAAGUCACUCUUAACCGUCCCAAGGCUCUCAAUGCCCUGUGCACUCCGCUCAUUACCGAGCUUAACGAAGCUCUCAACGAAUUCAAUGCCUCGCACGAAACCAAUGUCAUUGUCUUGACUGGCUCCGAAAAAGCCUUUGCCGCCGGUGCCGACAUCAAGGAGAUGGCUCCCCUCACCUUCUCCGAAGCCUACACCAAGUCCUUCAUCGAGUCCUGGUCCCUGUUGACCACCCAGAUCAAGAAGCCCAUCAUUGCUGCCGUCUCUGGCCAUGCCCUUGGUGGCGGCUGCGAGCUUGCCAUGAUGUGCGACCUCAUCUACUGCACCGAAAAGGCCAACUUUGGCCAGCCGGAGGUUAAGCUCGGUACCAUUCCCGGCGGCGGCGGCAGCCAGCGUCUAACCCGCGCCAUUGGCAAGGCCAAGGCCAUGGAGCUGAUCCUCACCGGCCGCUCAUUCUCCGGUGCUGACGCCGAGCGAUGGGGCGUUGCUGCUCGCACGUUCCCUACCUACGAGGCUCUGAUGGAGGAGACGCUGAAGCUCGCCGAGACCAUUGCUGGGUAUUCCAAGGUUGCUGUCCAGGCUUGCAAGGAAGUUGUCAACAAGAGCCAGGAUCUUCCUCUUCGCGAUGGUGUUGAGUUCGAGCGACGAGUCUUCCACAGCCUGUUUGGCAGCCAAGAUCAGAAGAUUGGCAUGAAGGCCUUUGCCGAGAAGAAGAAGGCUGAGUGGUCGCACUCUUAA